AUGGUUGGUCCCUUUAUUUACAAAAUGGCAGACAAUUGACGAAACAGAUUUUCUUUAUUUUGCUUUUAACAUUUGAUCACAACUUACGAUUUGAAGAUGAAAACAAACAAAAGGUCAAUUGAAUCUCAAUCAAAUGAUAAAGAAUUAAAAAAGAGAAAACUAGAAAAUUCUUCUGAAACGCCAGCUAAUUCUUUAAAUUUCAUGAAAUCUUUAAAUGUUUUUAUUUUACAAGCUGGGAUCGAGAAAAUGCGGAUGAAUAUAUUUAAAUCACAGCUAGAAAAGUAUGGUGGUAACGUAGAAAAUGAUUUAACAAAAGACGUCACACAUUUUGUUGUUGAUGACAAAAUGGAUUACGACAGAAUGUGUAGACUAUUGAAAAUCAGUACCCCACCCACCAAUACUUGCAUUGUAAAAUCUGGUUGGUUGAGCGCUUGCUUUAAAGCUAAAACAUUAAGUGAUACAUCUGACUUUAUUCUGGAAUGUCCAAAGCCAGAAGUAACCAAAGAACUGCCUGGGACUUCAACUAGUUCUGAUUCUAAGGAAGAAACAAAUCUUGCCAGUAGAUCAGAAUUUCCGAAAGUAGGAAUAAUGUUUGGCCAUAAAACAAAGACAGCACAAUCUGACAAUGAAGAUAGUGACUACUGCCCUAGUGGUGGAGAAUCUGAGCCUGAAGCAGACUUUUCUACAAGUACAUCAUCAACCACAACACCAUCAACUUCACCUAAGAAAAACCUCCCAGUUGGUAACUGGGUGUGUGCACAGUCAUCCAAAACAAGUGUGGAGAAUUGUAAUAAACACAUUACAGAUAAGUUAGAGGAAAUGGUUAGAACUUAUGAAUCUACAAAUGACAGAUGGAGAGCAUUUGGUUAUCAGAAAGCAAUUCAAGUUCUGAAAAAGCAAUCAAAGCCAGUCUCCUCAUAUGAGGAAGCAAUGGCUUUACCAAGUAUUGGUAAGAGAUUGGCAGAAAAGAUAUGGGAAAUAGCGGAGAGUGGCAAUCUACGGAAAUUGGAUGAGCUUAGAUCGAGUGAUGAAUUAAAAGUCAUCGAGAUGUUUAAAGAAGUAUGGGGAGCCGGGGCUCACACUGCUAGAACCUGGUACCAGCAGGGUUUUAGGACACUUGAGGAUUUACGGACAAAAGCAAACCUGACACAUCAACAAAAGGUUGGUUUGAGAUGUUACUAUGAUAUACUUGAUCGAAUGCCAAGGUCUGAGGCUGGGGAAAUAGAACAAGUGGUUAAAGAGACUGCAGAAAGUAUACAAGAAGGUAUCAUUGUGCAAGCUUGUGGAUCUUAUAGACGAGGUAAAGCUACCUGUGGUGAUGUUGAUAUACUUGUGACCCACCCUGAUGGAAGAUCUCAUAAAGGAAUGUUUGCCAAACUUUUAGCAAAACUUAAAGAGCAGGGUAGGUUCUUUAUUGAUCACUUAUGUAUAUAUACUGUACAGCCUCUGUGGAGAAACACCCUGUUGAAGGCAAAAAUUUUGGUUGCCGUUGGAAG